GCCACCGUACCUUACAUAUCUGAGAAACUGUUGAAGCCGCUCACGACUAAAGAAACAUCUACCUAACAACACAAGUGGAAAAUGUUCGCUUGCAUUUCUUUUACUCGCAGCGCUGCUGCUUAUCGCAACUGUAGGACGUUGGUGCUGGUGCGAUAUGCCCAGACAGCAGCUGCCCCUGCCCCUGAGCCAAAAAUAAAGACAUUUCAGAUUUACAGAUGGGACCCUGACACACCUGGUGACAAGCCACGCAUGCAAACCUAUGAGAUUGAUUUGAACACAUGUGGUCCAAUGGUUCUUGAUGCUCUCAUCAAAAUUAAAAAUGAAAUGGACCCGACACUCACCUUUAGACGCUCAUGUAGAGAGGGUAUCUGUGGCUCUUGUGCUAUGAACAUCAACGGGGGCAACACCUUAGCCUGCUUAAACAAAAUAGAUACAAAUACCAGCAAAGUGAUGAAGAUUUACCCCCUGCCUCACAUGUAUGUUGUGAAAGAUCUUGUCCCUGAUAUGAGCAACUUUUAUGCACAGUACAAGUCUAUCGAGCCAUAUUUAAAAAAGAAGGAUGAGUCAAAGCAGGGAAAAGAGCAGUACCUCCAGUCUAUCGAGGACCGCCAAAAGCUGGAUGGUCUGUAUGAAUGCAUUCUGUGUGCGUGCUGCAGCACUAGUUGUCCUAGUUACUGGUGGAAUGGAGACAAGUACCUUGGUCCAGCUGUGCUCAUGCAGGCAUAUAGGUGGAUGAUUGACUCUCGUGAUGACUUUACAGAAGAGCGCCUGUCCAAAUUACAGGACCCUUUCUCCCUCUACCGCUGUCACACAAUAAUGAAUUGUACAAAGACAUGUCCCAAGGGACUCAAUCCUGGAAAAGCCAUAGCAGAAAUUAAGAAAAUGAUGGCAAUUUAUAAAGAAAAUAGAUCAUCUGCCAUCUGACUUGUAAAUGCAGGAAAUAUCAUGUACUUGGUUUAAAUUAUUGUGCAAAUGAGUGAAUUCAGCAUGGAAUUUUUGCUUAUAUGGGAUAUUUAGUUUUUAUAUAGUUUAAAAGUAAAUCUACAACAAGACCUGCAUUUCAUUUCUAUUUGAACCUGAUUGUAGUUGAAUGCAGGAACCUGUAAAAAUGGCAUAAUAUUUAACAUAUCAUAGCAUAAUAUUUGUCUGUUUGUAGUUUGUCUUUGUGUGGUAGAUUCUUACUGUACACUUAAUGUUCAAUACUUGCUAUAAAACAUACAAAUAUCUGCAUGUUUAAGAUCACACUCAUCUGUUUCCAAAAUGUGUGCUCUGCAUAGGUUAGAAAGACAUGUUUUGUAGUGAAGACGUGAAGUGCAUGCUUCUGCAGAAUAAAUUCGAUUUAGAGAAGGUAAGUCUCGUGAUGUCCUCCAGGUGGCGGUGUUGAAUGGGUGAGCUGACAAAAGAUCGUAAAGGAAGAAAGAAAGACUAUGGCGUCACAUUCAGAGAACACACUUGAACCAGAAACUUAGUUUCUGCGGUAAUGUGUAAUACAAAUGAUGGCCCUAGAAUAAAAGUAUGGGCUUUAGCGCUCACCCUGUAGUUCAUAGAUGGAUUCACCAGGUAUGGGUAAGUGCUGUUCGCCUGUGCAUGUCUAUACUGAAUAAAAUGCAAGUAACUAACGUUAGAGCUGAGCUCGUGAAUCAACCGCAUCCCAUAGGUCUUUUGCUUAUUGCAGUUUAAUCUUCAAUUUAAUGUAUUUACAAG